CCACCGUGAAUAUUUUCAUCAUAUCAUAUUCAAUAUGAGUUAUUAAUUUUCAAUGUCCGAAAAGUUCAAUCAAAAUUUUCCGGUGGAGUGAACCACACCGAAUUGUUUGAAAUUGUUUUUCUCAUUCAUAUAACCCCAAACACUCUACCUGUGGGCGAAAUUUCAUAAAAUUCUGAGACCCUCCGGCCUAUUUUGUUCGGUAAUAAAGAAAAAUCCCCCAGUGUCAUAAUUCCCACCGGGGGUUUAAUAUCUGGAAACUUCUUGAAGCAACUAUGCACCACUCAGUCAUGAUGUUCAGUUUCGCCAGGAUGGUGGUCACCUGGAAGAGUCUUCUUGUUCAUUGGAACAAUCUACGCCGAUCGGUGCAGCCCUAUCUCGACUACGACUACGACCGAUGUCUGGAUCUGAUCUUGAUUGGUGCCGCAAUCCGUCCGGUGGCCGGUGCUGAGCCUUGGAAGCGCAACUGUCUGGUUCUGUAUCGGAUGCUCGGAUUUUACCAGCUCAUUAUGGGUAUAGCAAAGGUCGGACUCAGUAUCCGAAGCGGAAACGAUACGAUGGGACUUUGCACGUCCACUGUUUUAUUAGUAGCUCAGAUAACAAUCUACGCCAAAGUAUACAUCCUUGGGCACUACCAUGAAGUCGUUCGGCAAGCAAAGAUUUUCGUCAACAGUAACUGUAGCUAUUCGCGUGAUCCCGAUUACGACGCCACCGUUCGGCGUGGUCAUGCGAGAGUGCCCGGAAAAAUUACUUUGAUCAUUUUGGGUAUCCUAUGCUGUGAUCAAGUGAUUUUGUCGAUUCCGAACUCAGCUCGGGAUUAUAUCUUUGGCAUACCGGAACAGUUUCACGUGUUGGGAGCUACGGUUGCUCGUUUGCUGCAGGAGACGUACGUUUUAAUGAUACCCAUCUUCUGGGGCUGCGGAUAUUUCAGUGGCCCACUUACGAUCAUGCCUCUGCUCAAUGAACUCAAACAUGAGCUGAUGAUUGUUGCCCGUGGUUUUGAAACGGUUGCAGCUUUGGAAUACCAGAACAACGUGCCGGGAACAUCCAGAGGACUUUCUGACAGUGUAUUGAUGUUGAAGCAUUUGAAAAAGAUGUUGGGAAUCACCGUGAAACAGCAUGUUGAAUUGUUGAGGUAGGUUGUUUCGCUGGUUUUCUUGGACUGUUGAUCGUAGUUGACAUUUUAUCUUUAAGGAUCAUACACCUGUUGCAGCCCGUCA